AUGUCUAAAAGAAUAAUCGUUGGCUUGCUUAGCACCAUAGGGCUCGCUCCGUGGCUCGUAAAUGGGCAGCUUGAACCUGAUUGCAAUCCGCUUCAUGCCGACUGCCCAGCCAAGAAAGCUUUGCCAGAUGCAAAUUACUACAUAGACUUCACGAAACAAACUGGUCCCCCGAAAGAUUGGACUAUCGCCAACUAUGAGGUUGUCAAUUUCACACCAAAGGGCGCCGAAUUUACUUAUGGGAAAAAGGGAGAUGCGCCGAAUAUGUGGACCGACUUCUAUAUGCUGGGUGGGAGAUACGACGUUGAGUUACAGAUUGCGCCGGGCCAGGGCGUUAUAAGUAGCGCGGUUCUGUGGUCGGAUAUCCAAGACGAAAUUGACUGGGAGUUCUCAGGGAACCAGCACGGAGAGAAGCCUUUCCCACCCCCGGAUGGAAAGUGGACGGUCGAGACGAAUAUCUUUGCACAGGGGAAGAUGUGGGAUGGAGCAGCUACCUAUCAAAAGGACGUGUAUAAGCCAACAACGCAGUUUCAUACCUACUCAGUAGAUUGGGACGCUGACCAUAUGAACUGGUACGUCGACAAUCACGUUGUGCGGAGUGUUAAAGCGUCAAAUACACCAUCUGGUUUCGUCUUCCCACAGUCACCCAUGAAGCUACAGCUAGGAGUUUGGGGCGGAGGUGAUCCUGAGAACAACUACUGGACUAUUCAGUGGGCUGGGGGCGAGAUCGACUUUAAGAACGUCCCUUAUACUAUGUAUGUCCGAAGUGUCAAUGGUAUGUAUUAUCAACCACUAUCCUGCCAAUAUUGA